CAAGAAACCACAUUCCUAUCCUCCUAGCUAGAGAGAUGGUGAAGGGUGAGAAGUCCAAGGGAAGGCAAAAGAUUGAGAUCAAGCGCAUCGAGAAUGAGGAAGCACGUCAGGUAUGCUUCUCCAAGCGCCGCCAGGGCCUGUUCAAGAAGGCCAGCGAACUGUCCAUCCUUUGUGGCGCCAUGGUUGGUGCCAUUGUGUUCUCACCGGCUGGUAGGUCCUUCUCCUUUGGCCAUCCCUCUAUUGAUGAAGUUAUAAGCCGAUUCCUCAGUUCGGUCAAUCCCAAUGGCCCUGCCCCGGGUGGUCCAAGCCACGAUAAUGGUGGGGCAGUGUCAGAUGCUGUCAAUAAGCUGAACAUGGAGUUGUUAGAGUUGGAGCAGUCACUGGAGUCUGAAAAGAAGAGAAAGGAGAUGUUGCAAGAGGCAACUGAGAAGUUAAAGGGUGAACGUGUGAUGCAGUGGUUGAAUUCUAAUAUCUUUGAGUUGGGUCUAGAUGAACUGCAAGAGUUCCAAAAGAAGCUGGAAGAAAUACAUGCUGUUGUCAGAGAGAAGGUCAAUAGGGUACUGGUAGAAGCAAGGACGUACACUCCUGCAGGUUCCCUGCCACAACCACCUAUGGAGGUAGCUUCGACCUCCCAGAGUGCCAAUCCUUUGCCUUCCACAGCUCCGGGUUCAAGCGCUGCAGGAUUUGAAAUCAACUAUCCCUUGCUUAGUGGUGGUGUCCAUGGGGUUGGUGGCCUGGGGAAUUUUCCCAGCAACCAGAAUCAUGGUUGAUUAUUGCUACAGAUUUGAUAUGUAUGAAUAAUUUGAUCAGUAUAGUAGAUGCAUAUACUGAUCAUUUGCAAUAGGUCACAAGUGUUUUGUGUACCUUUCCUUUCUGAUGUUAGAUGUAUGGCACCAAGAUCUAUCUAUGACUUGUUGUCAAGAUG